AUGCGGCCCCACUGGGUGAUGAUGCUGGCGGGGAUCAUGUCGUUCCUCAGCCCGGAGAGAGCGCUCGGAGCGCCGCAGAGGGAAGUGUCUCAAACCAGGGCUGAAUCGCUCUCUCCUCCACCCUACGUCGUCAUCCUCAUCUCUUGCUCGGGGCUCGUCUCUUUCGUUCUGCUGCUCCUCACCUGCCUUUGCUGCAAGAGAGGAGGGGUGGGCUUCAACGAGUUUGACAAUGCCGAUGGGGAGGAGUGCUCAGAAGGCUCCAGUCCCAUCCAAGAAGACAGCCUGUCCUCAUGUCCCUCCCUCCCCGAGGUCUACACCUUGCCAGUCAGAGACCACCCCAAUUGCUCUGCCCUGCAGGAUGGAGCAGACUCCAAAUCUCAGUGUUUCAAAAGACACACUUUAAAUUACCUUCAGGAGAUUGGAAACGGCUGGUUUGGAAAGGUGAUCCUGGCUGAGGUGCUGUGCGACUGCAGCUCCUCUCAGGCGGUGGUGAAGGAGUUACGUGUGAGCGCCAGCCCCCUCGAGCAGAGGAAGUUCCUGGCUGAAUCGGAGCCGUACAGGAGCUUGAAACAUCCCAACAUCCUUCAGUGUUUGGGGCAGUGCAGUGAAACCAUCCCGUUUCUCCUCGUCAUGGAGUUUUGUCAACUGGGUGACCUGAAGAGGUAUCUUCGAGCCCAGCGAAAGUCAGAUGGGAUGACCCCAGACCUGCCAACCAGGGACCUGUUGACUCUUCAGAGAAUGGCCUUCGAGAUCGCCUCGGGUCUGCUGCACCUUCAUGAAAACAACUACAUCCACAGUGACUUGGCUUUAAGAAACUGCUUGCUGACGUCAGACCUCACUGUCAGGAUAGGUGACUACGGUCUCUCACACAAUCACUAUAAGGAGGAUUAUUACCUGACUUCUGACAAGCUGUGGAUCCCUCUGCGAUGGAUUGCUCCUGAGCUCCUGGAGGAGUACCGAGGGUCUCUCAUUGUUACUGACCAAACAAAGACCAGCAACGUGUGGUCACUGGGGGUGGUGAUAUGGGAGCUGUUUGAGUUUGGUGCUCAGCCCCACAAACACCUGAGUGAUGAAGAGGUGCUGACCUUCGUCAUCAGGGAGCGACAGAUCACGCUGGCCCAGCCCAGACUUAAACUCUCUCAUGCAGAUUACUGGUAUGAGAUCAUGCAGUCCUGCUGGCUUCCUCCAUCACAACGACCCUCCGUACCCGAAAUAUUUCUCCUCCUGUCCUCCCUCCUGGCUGCUGAGUGGGGACUGGCGAGAAGGAGUGUUGGGGAAGAGGAUGAAGAAGAUGAGGAGCAUGUAGAGGGCAGAGGACGAAGAGGGGAGAGCGAGGAAUCAUUUGAAAGACGCUGGAAUCUGCUCCGUCCCCCUGCCUUUCAGGCUGCAGCAAACGAGCGGCACCGGAACAGAGAGCUUGGCAGGGAAGGUAGAGACAACUCCUACCCCCUGUUGGACCCUGUGGGGAACUGCACCACCCUGUCCUCAUCUGAACUGGAUGACAUCCUGACCGUUACGGAAACGAGCAAAGGCUUGAACUUUGAGUACUUCUGGGAGAAGGCUCACGCCAGACGAGGCUACAAACCUCUUCCUCCUCCUCAGCAAAUCCCAACAGUGAACAAUAGCCACAGACAGAAUUUAGACACCCCCACUGUGGUGCCAGUGAUCAGUGCACGCAGCCCAUCACUUGCCAGCGAGUACUACAUCAGACUAGAGGAGCACACGCCCCAAGACAACUCGCCGACACUUAAAGGAAAGGUACAGUCGUCUUUACGUUCUGAUUCCAUUUGCUCAGGAGACGUGGAGCUUGUAGAGAUUCGCAGUGGAAUGCUGGGAAAAGAGCGAGUCCCUUAUUGUUCUUCUGAGAAGAGUGAAAAGACACUCUACAAGGUCCGCUCCAGCGAGGUGCAGCUCCAGGUGCCAAAGACAGGCGUGGCAGAAUUCAGAGACACUUUGAGUCGAGUGACGGACUUCUCCGUGGUGGAUUUAGGGGAUGAUGACGAAGCGGAGAAUAAAACGAGCAGCGGAGCAGAUAAAAAAUGCCCCACAACAUUUCAAGCUCCACUCCUCCCUCCCAAGCCUCGCUCCAUGUCCAUGUCUUCGUCCAACCACCUUCACUCCCGUCCUCUCCCCGCCCCUCCGCUCGGCUACAGAGGGCUGCCUCACUACACUGUUGGAGGAAAAAUUGAGACAGACCCCCAUCACACAGGCUCCUGCCCACCUUCUACCCUUGAUCACCUCGGUUUCCAUCGCUCUCGACAGGCUCUGCCACCCUCCCCCUCCCUCUCCCCCUCCAUUCCCCCAUCAAACCAUCCGAUUUACCCUCAAAUGUGCCCUCCUCCUCUCCCCCCUCACUCCAAACCUCAGCGAUGUGUACCAAUCUACAACACAGACCCGAGAUACACUAAGCCACAGAUGCAGAGAUUCAGCAGAGACCCACUAUCCUGUGACAUGUCUGAGAAUGACAGCAGGCAUGCAGCGCCAUUGCACCCCUCCAAGGAUGCCUCAUACACUCGGGCAAAAGACUUUGACUCUCCCAUUCGUAGACAAAACCCUUUGCGCCCUAUUUAUCAAAACCCACCUCGCCCUCAGCCAUCGAACACCCAGAUGGACAGGCAGUCUUCUUCAAGUCCCACAUACUCAGACGAGGAUGACUCCCCUUUCAUGUCCCCUGAAAGACCCUGUAGCGGGAUGACUGUCACUCACUCCAGCCUAUCUGAAGACGCAGACCCAGGCACCGCAGAACUCUUCUCCAGGGGAAUGAAAAGGACCCAGUCCCGCCUCGACACUAUUCUACCGGCCAUUUGGAGAGAAGACGCUGAGCUUCACACAGAGCAUGUUGUUGCAGCCAAGAAGUCUCCGAUGCAUCUGUUCCUGACAGAGAUAUCAAGUGUGACAGAGUCCAGUGAGGCCAAACCAGAGGAGGAGGUGGAGAAAAAAGAUGGAGAGAGAUGGGGGAACGUUACGCUGCCCAGCAAAGGGAUGCGCCGCUCCCAGUCGCUAAUCACUGAGCUCAGUUCGGCAGGACAGUCGUGGGGACAUGAGGUGCAUGUCAGCAGGACAGGAGUUGAGGAGGACAGUGUAGUAACAGAUGAAUCAUUCCAGAAGGAUCUUUUCCUCACAGAGGUUGACACAGAAAGAAUAGACAUAGACAUAAACGAAGGAUCAGAAAGCGAUUCAGUAAAAUACCUCUACCCGGCAGGAUCCAGGUUGCGACCCUACGUCUGCAUUCCAGGCAGAGAGCCUGAGGAAACCAGCACAAAAGGAAUACGGAGAUCCCGAUCUCUCCUGACGGAAAUCACUGUUGAGAAGCAGGAAUCUGAAAUGCAGAAGUCACCUAGACCUGAAAUGACCAGGGAAGAGUUCCUAAAAGAAAUCCAAUCAGCGGAAACCUUUUUGACUGAAAUCAUGUCGAGGCAAACCGCCGCCACAAACAGAACGGAACCAGAUCCGUCCAACUCCCCAACUCCCCUGUCCCCUGAAUACGAGUCCCUGUGCUUUGACCCAGUCUCCACUCAGACCAUCAGGUUUCAGACAGAGAGCUCCAUACGAGCAUCUAACAAAGGCAAAGAUGAUACACAAACUGAGGCCAUUUACGCCCAAGUGACCAAACGAGCUAAAAAAAGUGAGAUAAAAGUUUCCAUCAGACCCAAGAUCCCCAAACUCCACAUAGGAUCGAAUAACCAGCCUCUGAUACUGGACAGCCAAGAAAACAAUGCUGAUCACUGCCAAUCCGAUGAGUUUGUGUUUUCAGAAAUCAUGCCCAAAAAUGGUUUAUUACACAAUCAAACACUUAAGUGUGAGAAAGAAGAGGAGGAGUGUUCAGACGGACCUGCCUUACCUGCCAGAGGAGCUCUAACAGAUCUGUCUCCUUCUGAAUCCACCAAGAGUGGAGUAAAGUCCAACACUGUGAUACAACACGAGAACAAACCUGUCAUUAUGAAUCAAUCUUCUGCUGUGAUAGAGAAUGGUGGAACAAUAAAAGAUAACCUGCAGGCGUGUGGACCUGAGGCAGGAGCUCAAACUGAGGGAAAGUCUGAUGGUGUGCAGGAUAACACCUCUGAUAAAACGGCUGAUUUGGAGAGUAUGGACUUUUGUAAUAAUAAAAUCUUUGCAGAUACAGAUGGAGAAAAUUAUGCUAAUCAAAUAAUAUAUAAUCAUAUCACCCAAAAAGAACCCGUUCCUUCGGUCAGUCCAAGCACUCCCGAGUGGAAUCCGUCCUCAGAUGUCUCGCUCAUCACCCCCACUGACUCGGUCCUGUCGCCUCUGACUUCCAGCUCAGCAGACGGCCUCACCCCCAGUGACUCGUGGACAGGGGGGGGAGGCAGCGGGUGGCGGGCUCUGGGAAAUGAAACGCCUCAUCGAGACUCAGCCUAUUUCUCAGACAGCGACUGGGAGGGCGACGGGACGAGCAAGAGGAGCAGCGGUGACGGGCUCGCCUCCAGGCCGAGUGGCAGCCGAGGGGGCGAGCGAGGGAUACUGACAGAGAUAGAGGAGAACACCGAAGAGGAGGGCGAGGCGAGUGAAAAAAAUGUGUUACAGACUAGUUUACACACUUCAUGUAUUGAAACAAGAACUGGAGAAGAAACUAUUGAGGUUUGUGAAAACGUGGACACAAAUGACAGAGCUCUUUCAGGCCAUGAGAAAGAUAAUCUGAACAAAGGGCUGAAGUCCACACAGAGAGACGAUUCUGGCAUUUUUCACAACGAGAGUAAUAAAUCAGCACUGCCGUGUGAUGAUCUUGAGGUCGAGGACUGCGUUGACUUUAUUGAUAAGUUGUUUUCCAAAUUAGAUGAUGAACCUCUGAAAGCUCUUUCACACAGUGGGGGGUUUGUGGUAGACAGUCACUACACAGCGGGCAUCGUUUCUAAAAUAACAGACUACAAAUACUCCGACAAGAGCAACUUAAACCUGCGUUUUCAGAGCCCCACAGAGACGAGUGAUUUAACCAUGUCAAAAGCUGAAACGAGUGCUCCAGUGACGGAAAAUGAUCUAACUGCGCAAAAAUCCCUGAAAUCUGGAAACAAAACCGAGUCCAGAUUAUCUGAACUAUGGGAUGUUCAAAGCAGUGAGGGCACAUUGAGAGGUGAAACUCAGCCAAAAGGUGAAGUGGAGCUUUUUGACAAUAAAGUCUGCCUGAGCGUUGAAGAGAGGGUUAGUUUGGACCCAAACGAGCUGGGCCUGAGGAACCUUCUCUGCUCAGACCAGAAGGAGGAUACGGAGGUCCUGGGAGAGAUGGAGACAAAUCAAAAAGGCCUGAAUGAAAAACCUCCUGCGAGCAGAGAAACGAGUAUGAACGACCCUAAUCAAAACAUGAGUAACAACUCUUGUGAGCAGCUGGAUGUGAUGUCUGAGGACUGGUGGAACGCUCUGGAGGAGGAUGAGGAAACAUCAGGAUCUGGGGUUGUUAGGGGGGAACUUGUCUGCUUGGCUCAGCCGGGGGACUUACACUCAUGGCCUGACCAAAAUAACCAGUGGGCUUCUCCUGAGAAGAGGUGCCAAGAAGAACUGAGAUCUGAGUUUUAUUCCAGAAACACGGAGUGGCAGGUGAGGGAGAGGUUGGUUGUAGGUGAAGAGAGCUGGGAGACAAAAGAAAACGAUGAGCUGGCAGGAAGUGAGCCUCACCCUGCAGUGUUGGAGGAGACCUGGACCAAUGAGAUACUAAGUGACAAUCUUACUGUGAGGGAUACAUGGAGCUCCAACGGUUCAGCUAACCAUCAGACAGCAGCAGACAUACAGCAGGAGGAAAACAUAGAGAAUUUGGAAGAGAUUGAGAAUUUCAAGAGGAAUGAAAAAAAAAUGCUCUCGCAUAUUGAAGUAGAGAACGUAGAAACCCCAGAAGAUGAGUCCUUGGUGAAAGGAGAGGAUCAGGUUUCGUCAUGCAUGGAGGGAGACAUGGAGGAGAAUCAAAACUUUAACAGAUGGCCUGAGAAUCAUCUCUGCAGCACCCGCAGAGAGGACCAGACAUCAGCUUUACAUGGCUUCAGCCACGCUUCACCGAACAAAAGCUCAGAUGCACCCAUCAGCAUCACUGAAGCCUCUCACGUGAACUGCUCAGACCAGGUGAACGAUGAAUCGGGCUUCACAUCAGAAGCUGAGGUCAGACAGUUGGCUCAGCAGUGCACAGAAGAAGGAGUGCAAAGAGUGGAGGAGGAAUACAGAGAAAUGCCGUUCCGUCCCAGUACCUUCGAAGCACUGAAGGACUCGGAGCCGUCAGAUCCAGAGGUGGACAAUUUCAGCUCUGUAGACUUUCCAAGUCCUCCACGGAGCAUAGACCUGGAUGUACAAGACGAUAAACUGGAAAGUUUAGAUGACUCUUUUCCCAGUCCGCCUCCUUCUGUUAUAGAGGCAGAAGACUUUAUUACUCACAUUAAUCUAGAAGACUUUAACACCAGCACCGAGACAGAGUCGUAUAAUUCACCACCUUACAACACAGACGUCUCAGAGCAGUCUCUGCAAGAGUUACCGCCCGCUGCAACUCAGAAUAAAGGGAUCUCAGCCGAUCUGAACCUCACUUCUGUGCACAUAACACUCACUGAUGACAACAACUUCACAUCAUACAUAGAAGGUCAACAUCACCAGGAUAACUUUUCAGAGAAAACUUCCUAUGCAGUUCCUUCCAUGCCCCAAAAUGCACAGAAAAACAUACCAGAGUUGUUGAUUUCAGAGUGGAAAGAUCUGGAUGAGGAGCCGCUGGAGGAUUUUGAGAAACUGGAACAGCUCUGCUACAUCUCUGGGGACGAGGAGGAAACUUUGGGGGAGCUUUUCUUGGGGAACCUUGAGCUCCUGGAAUCUCUGAAGAAAGCGCCUGAUCAGAAGGGCAGCUGCACAGGUGAAACUGAAGCAGGCGACGAGAUCCGCAGCUCCUCGUCACCUGAGGGAAGCGAGGUGGAUUUAAAAACCGAAGAGAUCCAUAACAAAUCAAAUGAGAGAAUGGGAGAAUCUAAUAAAAUAACAAUCAUGGAUUCCCAAGGCAAUCUGUCGUCACAAACAGAGAGGAAUGAUGAGCAGAGGUCACCUGAAUUUAAAGAUCAGGGGUGUCUCUCCAAGAUGACGACCAAAAAUGGCCUCAUGAUGCAGGUGUGCGAGGAGAGGCUGCAGUUCUCCCUUAGUGAAAACGUGAAAACAAACAUUCUUUGGGGGGGUGACGUGAAGGAGACAGUUACGCUCCGGCCCUGGGGGGACCAAGUCACAGAAAGCAGCUGUGAGCUGAAAGAGCAAGCAGAAGAUGAGAGCCAAGAGGAGCAGGAGGCUGCCCCAAGCUGUCAGCCACUCACAGAGUUUGAUCAAACUAAACCUGAGCCGCUCACUGUGAUCGAACAACCUGAGGACACGGCAUCUCAGCCUGCAGCUAACCAGGCGAUGAAAGCAAAACUGGCUCGUCUGUCUCUCGCCCUCCCUCCUCUUGCUUUGAAUCUUCCCCUCACCCCGAGUAGCAAAGGGGUAUUUGGGGACGGGGCCAUCGGGAACCGUAUCGGAAGACGAAGAGGUCUGUCAUCAGGAAACGACCCAGACGAGGAGGAGGAGGACGAGCAGGAGGAUGAAAGCUCCCAGAGGGUGAUUGUUGUCACGGAGACUGACGUGGACAAACGCAUCGGGCUGAGGAGUCUGCUGAAAUCACCUAAAGAGCCGCUGGACAGAGAGCGGGACAGAGGGAGGAAUGUGUCCUUCUUUGAUGAUGUCACGGUCUACCUUUUUGAUCAGGAAACUCCAACCAACGAGUUGAGCUCGUCAGCUCCUACGAGUCCCUCAGCAGUGUCUGUGAAAAGCAGCAAGUUGGACCAUCAUG